UCCAACGGGCCCCCCUUUUGGGUCCCGCAAAGGUCGGCGCGUGGGGGCCGCAGCCACCCGCACCGUCGGCUGGCCGACAGGAGGCCGCGGCAGAGAGCGCAUUCCUGGCGGUCCCCCGGGAGGGAGCUGGAGCGAGGCAGGGGCAGUCAAAGGCUCUUUCAGCCGCGCGGCAGACACUGCCCUAUUCACCCGGGCUCCGCUAGCGCGCUCCGCCAGCCAUGAAGCGCCUCUCGCCCGCCGCGCUGCCCUCUCGCCAGCCGCUUGCCGUCGGGCUCCUGCUGCUGCUGCUCGUGCUGGCAGCCGCGCCGCCGCCCGGAGCGUCGGAGAACCCCAAGGGGAAGCAGAAGGCGCUUCGCCAGAGGGAGGUGGUGGACGUGUAUAAUGGAAUGUGUUUGCAAGGACCUAGUGGCGUUCCUGGAAGAGAUGGAAAUCCUGGAAUCAAUGGUAUCCCUGGAACGCCUGGCAUUCCUGGUCGAGAUGGGCUUAAAGGAGAAAAGGGAGAAUGCAUGCGAGAGAGCUUUGAGGAAUCCUGGACUCCUAACUAUAAACAGUGUUCUUGGAGUGCUCUGAAUUAUGGCAUAGAUCUUGGGAAAAUUGCAGAAUGCACAUUCACAAAGAUGCGUACCAACAGUGCUUUAAGGGUUCUCUUCAGUGGAUCGCUUCGACUCAAAUGCAAAAAUGCUUGUUGUCAGCGUUGGUAUUUUACAUUUAAUGGAGCUGAAUGCUCUGGGCCACUUCCUAUUGAAGCUAUAAUUUAUUUAGAUCAAGGAAGUCCAGAAUUAAAUUCCACUAUUAAUAUACACCGCACUUCUUCAGUGGAAGGAUUGUGUGAAGGAAUCAGCGCUGGCUUGGUGGAUGUUGCUAUUUGGGUUGGUACUUGCUUAGAUUACCCAAAAGGAGAUGCUUCAACUGGAUGGAACUCAGUUUCCCGCAUCAUUAUAGAAGAGUUACCAAAAUAGACCACUCUUCUCAAGCGCACAAUACAAUAUAUAACUUCCCCCAACCAAGCUAGUUUUCUAUACAUAGAAGGAAGCACUUGAUUGUAAUGCACAAACUUGUUUAUAGACACACCAGUAAGCAGUUGAUUUUUCUACCCAAACAAGUAUCCCUAGCAUGUUUUCCACAAUGUUUCGGAUUAUAGAUUCUGAUGAAGAAAUCUGUAUUUAUGUACUACUUUGGAUGACUUCUAGACAAUUUUUUACAUUUAUUAAUAAAGAUGAUCUUUUAUAAAUAGCCAAAUUAAGAACAUGUAAUUAGCAUUUACUUUUGUUCAAGCCUAUAGUUACAAAACUAAGUAUGAUUUUAAUUUGAAUCUCACUUCCUACUACACUAUUAUAAAUAAAGCAAGAACAUCCAACUGUGUAUUGAAAGAAAAAAAUUCAGUACCAAUUAUUACAACUUUAAUUUAGUCCAGUUAUUGAUUGCUUUAAGAUUACCAUUUCAAUUUUUGGGAAUUCACAAGGAACAAGAGCUCUGAAGGUUAGACAGAACUCUGAAUAUCACUGGCAUUACAUGUUAGCAGUAUGUACAAAUUAAAUUGCACAUAUUAUUACCCCAGCAUAUACCAUCUUGGAAUGGUUUCAGGGGAGAUGAGGGCAUUUCCAGGAAGUGGCUGGAAUUUGGACAGUGCUAAAAACGAGCAGGCUAAUAAAAAUGAUUGCUGGAUGGGCAAGAGUUGUUCUUGCAAGAAGGUGGUUGGAUAGGAAGUGAUGGCUAUUGUUCCUUCUCCUUGAUACCUACUUAUUAAGCAGUGACAGCC